AUGUUUCAGCCGCUACGAUAUUCGAGAUGUCGGCUGGAAACAUCCAAACCGAGAGAUUCAGCUGGAUUCCAGGUGAGUCUUCCGCAAAAUCGAAUUUGUUUGCGAAUGAGUGUAUUCCACCAAUUUCGUGCAAUUUGGUUUCAACUAGUACAUAAAGUUGACGGAAACUCGGGGGAUGCGCCUACCCGAUGGGCCCCAAGAGAGGCGAAACCGCUCGCGGGCUGUCGAGGUGUUUUCAGCAACAUUAUGAGUAGUGCACUACAAGCUGAUCUAAAAGCGGCAAGUUUUAGCAAAUUUCUGCUAAAUCUCUAUUCAGCGUCCAUCACAUUGAUGGUUUGCGAAUUACCACACUGUUGCAUGGGUUUUCGGCAAACUGCAGACCAAAGUGACGAGGGUCUCAACAGCCGUCACGUCCAAAUAGUUGGCACGAUAUUCGAGAUAUCGCAGUAUAUUUUCAUAAAGGAAACUAGUCACAAGGUUGCUGAAAAGUCUUGGACAGCCGACGACCGGUUUCGCCCUUCUUGGGGCUCAUCAGGUAGGCGCAGUUUCCGAGUUUCCGUCAACCUUAUGUUCUACUUUAAUCCAAAUUAUACUUUUUUCGAGAAAUACACUCAUUCGCAAAUCAAUUUGGUUUUCACGAGGGACUCAACUGAAUCUCUCGUUUAUGAUAUUCUAUAA